AUGUCUCUACCUGCUCUGUUCCGCAGAGCGCUGAAUUCCGCAGCGAAAGCAAACAACAUGCCGACCAUUCAGGAUGAUACACAGGAACUCAUUCAGUCCGCGCUCUCGGAUCUGAAACUGGUACACUCUCGUAUUUCCGCCCUUGCUCUUUUUAGUGAAAACGAGCUCCUUUCGGACAUUCCCACACGCGAUCUAGUGUAUCUAUUGGUUCCGUUCGUCCUCGCCGAGGUGGAAGGUCGUGUGCGCACUGCGGAUCCUGAGGAACGAUUAGAACGCGCUGAAAGAUCUCGAUCACUUUAUUCAACCUUUCUGUUAUAUUUGGAUAUGUAUGAGGUUAUUCCAGAAUCUGAGCGGGCGAUCUAUGCUCAAGCUAGCAUGUCCGUGGGUGAUGCAAGCCAGCGCCGAGACUUGAAGAUCAAACAGUAUCAGAAAGAGAAAGAGAUCAAAAUUAGGAUAGCGGAAAUUCGCAAGCGCCGCAAUCACGGCUCGCUCACCACCGACGUUGAUUCGAAUUUUGAAUUAAUUUCGUCUCUUAUACCUGGAACUCGACUCAAAACGCAUUCUCAUACAACUGACUAUAUCGACGAGGAUGACGAGGAUGACGAAGCGGAAGACAUCUUACGUGAAGCCGCACUGCUUCUUCUACGUCUAACAUGUGCCCAGGCGCAUGCACAAAUGCAGAGCUUGGUCCAAGAAAUUCAGUUGUUGCGCAGCGCACCAUCACAAUGCGUAUCCCAACAUUCCGAAGAUCCUCGUCAUGUGAGGGGUCGGGAGAAUAAUGACUUGUGGAGAUUAGAUGCACCAGUACUGCGAAGCGGGCCAAACGGCAAGGGACCAUUGCUUGACCCCAGCGGCAAACCUCUUCGUCCAUUCACAAUUCUUCCCUCCUCGUCCAGCCGGGCACAAUUGCGGGCAGAAGUGUUUCAACCAGAUCAUCGCCUGCCCACGAUGACAGUUGAUGAUUACUUAGAAGUCGAACGCCAGCGAGGGAACAUUAUUUCCGGUGGAGGAGCGCAAUCAGAGGAAGCGCCAACAAUCAAAGAGCAAUUGGCAUUGGACGCUGAAAUGAAUGGCACGGUGUUUGGGGAGGAUAAAGCAGAGGAGAAGCGACAACAAGAUGAGAGAUGGGCACAGUACACCGAUACUCAUCAGCGUGGUGCAGGAAACACUAUGAAUCGAGGAUAA